CGCUCCGUGCCGGCCCCGCCAUGCCGCACUACCAGGCCUGGGAGGAGUUCACGCGCGCCGCCGAGAAGCUCUACCUCGCCGACCCCAUGAAGGUGCGGGUUGUUCUCAAAUACCGACAUUGUGAUGGGAACCUCUGUAUCAAAGUAACGGACGAUGUAGCUUGUUUGCUGUAUAGAACAGACCAGGCGCAAGACGUAAAGAAGAUCGAGAAAUUCCACAGUCAGCUAAUGCGACUCAUGGUGGCUAAGGAAUCCCGCAGUGCUGCCAUGGAAACAGACUGAAUUGCUGAAAAUAAAAUGAGUGCUCCGGUCGUAUUUCACUGGAAGAAAAUAUCUCUUGGAUUUGAACGAAUACUGGGGCAGGAGGUGCUUUUAUGUACCGAAGGGGACUGAUGACAAGUCUGAAGCAUUUCCCUCUGCCCCAGACUCUGCUUUGGAAAACUAGGAAAAUAAAUGCUUUCAGUUGAAAGCUUAUAUUUAUUUUUGGGAACCAAUAAGAAACUAUUCUUACCUGUUAGGGUAUGCUAAGAUGACAAGUAAAUAUUUUAAAUCUACAGUACUUUAGUCUGAAUUUGAUGGGCCACAAGCAUAUUUCUGGAAAGGUACUAUAAAAUUUCAUGUAGAUUUCAUUGUGUUUAUACCUUAUGCUGGUGUAUUCUCACAGUGAGAAGGUUUAUUAACCUGACUAAUACUGUAGCAUGAUGACUGGAUGAUAAACAUUUACAUAAAUUAUAUACAUCAGUAGGGUUUAGAAGAAGGGAUGUUUUCUGAAAUGAAAUGUUAAAAUUGCCAAUUUGUGUUAGCACUGUCACUAGCAGGAUUUUAGCUUUUAGUAUUGAUCUUGGUCAGAAGCUGUGCAACAUGAUCUGUGAUGCAGUUUGUAGAACUGUUACAUUGGCUAAAUAAUUAAAAAUCUGUAUUUUAAACUUUGCUUGAAUAUUGCUAAAACGAUGAGAAACUGGGAGUUUCUUUUCUGCUUAUGUGAAUAUUGCUAUUAAAAAAUGUGGCUUUUUUCCAGUACUUGAACUGUUUUCUACUAGCUGGGGGGACCUUUUCCCAUCCUUGCUUCAGGCAAAGUUGAGGUAUACCAGCAAGACAAAUUCUAGAAGCUCUUGCCUGUUAUGUUAAUAGAAAAAUGCAACCAAACACUAUGCAGAUUCCUUAUCUUAGCAGCUUGCUAACUGUGCGUUUUCAAAUGUUACAUGUGGCAGAUGGGUAUCGGCCAACUGAAUAAAUGGAUGAAAACCAGCUUAAUAAAUACUUCAGGACCACUGUCAAAAAUAGACCAGUGCUCCUGUGGCUUAGACUUGUUUCCCAUUGUUACCUCUGGUAGGGUGAUGGAAGCCUUAAUUGUCUUCUGCAAAGGCUUUUUGCUUGAAAACCCAGUUGCUGAAAUUGAUCCUUUCUUUGACUAGAGCUUGCAUACUUAAAACCGGGUGGAUUUUUUUAAUGUAUUUAUGCUGUUGGUAUAACUCGGCUUUUCCAGGACUAAUGUUUUGGGUUAAACCAAGCCAUGGAAGUAAAGCAGAGCCAUGCAAAGACUUGUCUGUGGUGGCGUUUAUAUAUAACAAGACAAUCUACUUGAGUAACUACCUGCUGUCACUUACAUAAAAAUAAUUGAGCUACUCGGAAGCAGUGGAGUUCCCAUGUUUGCCAAGGGCUUGGGGAAAAACAAAGCAAAACAGGCUUGACUAUUGCAUUAGAGUGCCCUUUCAGCUGAACAUAUAAUACUGCAUAUUGUUGGAAAAUACUGCAGUGCUGAAUUCUCAGUGGCUCCUCCAAUUCUAGUCUACAGGAGUGACUGGUACCUAUGUAAUGUUUUUCCUUUUUGUAUUGGCUUUAGAAAUACAAAUAAAUCGGGAGAGAAGGCUAAACUUCAUUCAUCGUUAAACUUCAAGAUAACUGGAAUGCUGAAAAUUUUCCUUGAUGCUCCAAAUUACUAUCUUAAUAUUUGCAAUAUAGUAAGUCGUUAAACCGUUUUUGUCUAAAACACUGUUCUGCAAUAUGAAUGGUUGCUACACAAAGUUGUACAAGUGAAGAUUUAAGCUGUUAAAUUGGCAGGUGAAAAGGCUGCAGCUAUUUUAGUGUGAUUUUUGGACAUCUCUUGCACAUUGGUUUGGCAUAUAGAUGUCUUCUGUGAACUGAGGUACAGAAAGGCUUGAGUGGUAUUUGCCUGUGCAUGGGGGAUAAAAGGAGAGAGAAGACUGUAGACAGACUUGGUGCACCAAGUGGCUGAAAGGCUUAAGCUAUAUACUUGAGCAGGUUUUAGAGGGGGGCAAUUACAGUGCUAUAUAUUAGAGUAGCAGUUGGCAAGGCAAAGAGGCCGGGAAAUGGAUUUCUAGUUUUCUAAAUUCAGAAAUUAUUUCUGUAAAAGGAAAUACUAAUGUUACUUUUGUAAGAGCAUGUGUUGUUCUCCAUAUAUGUGCAGAAAAACUAUGGUGGUUCUGUGCAGUCAUAAUACACAGUACACUGAUAAAGCUACUGCU